AUGACGAACCGCCUCGGCCUGCGUCCUGAUUGGACGGUCACAGGCAGCUGCGACACUUCGGAAAGUGAAAGUGCUAGGCGCCACAGCCUGGCCGUGCUGGUCACAGCCGUCACCCAGGAAGAGGGGACCCAUCACUACUUCAUGAUCUCCAAGCUGGAUGACGUUCAGAUCGCGUACUACAGCAGCGACACGCGAGAGGUCCGACCCACCCAGACGUGGGCAGAGCAGGCUGUGGGCGCUGAAUAUCUCAAGGAAAAGACCCAGGAGUUCUUGAGGCACGAGAAGGGCUCAAAAGUUGAGACCAGUUGGUGGAUGCAGCUGCACAACCAGACGGGCGGGGUUCACACUGAGCAGGUUCAGGUGGGCUGUGCCCUGAGCAGCCAGGCCCCCCGCGACCUGAGGUACCAGUACGCCUACGACGGGAGGGACUUCAUCAGCUUCGAUGCCCAGACGGGGACGUGGGUCGCGGCCGUGCAGCCGGCCUUUGCCCCGAAGCAGCGCUGGGAGACCGGCAAGAGCUACACUCAGUACGUCCAGCAGUUCCUGCAGUACGAGUGCCUGGGGACCCUGCGGAGCCUGGUGCAGCGGGGACGGGCGGUGCUGGAGCAGCAGGUGCCCCCCAAGGUCUCGGUCUCCCGCAGAGACGCCCCAGACAGCUCCAUCACCCUCUCCUGCCACGUCAGGGGCUUUUACCCACGUCCCAUCCACCUCUCCUGGGUGCGGGACAGAGAAGACAUCCUGGUGGAGACGGGCUCCAGCGGGAUCCUGCCCAACGCUGACGGCACCUACUACACGCAGUCGUCCCUGGAGAUCUCCCCGCAGCAGGACGGGCACUGCUACGCCUGCCGGGUGGAGCACAGCAGCCUGGAGGAGCCCGUGCUCGUCUGGGCCCCUGGGAAGAAGGGCCCCCUGCCCCCCGGGGUCUUGGCCGCCAUCGUCCUGGCCGGGCUGGUUCUGGCUGGAGCCGUAGGGGCCGGCGUCGUCCUGUGGAGGAGAAAAUCGGCAGGUAACAAGGGAUCCUGGAGCCGCAGCUCUGUGGGUGGAAGAUGA